AAGAUGGCGGCGAGCGGCGGCGAGUCUUCUCAGGCAGGGCCCGACGACUUAUUCCAAAACUUUUAUUCAGAGGUGAAGCAGAUCGAGAAAAGAGAUUCCGUGUUAACCUCCAAGCAGCAGAUAGAUCGACUGCUUAGGCCUGGCUCGUCCUAUUUUAACCUAAAUCCCUUCGAGGUACUGCAAGUUGAUCCCGAUGCAACAGAUAUUGACUUAAAGAAAAGAUUCAGAGCGUUAUCCAUUUUGGUCCAUCCAGAUAAAAAUCAGGAUGAUGCAGACAGAGCACAGCAAGCAUUUGAAGCGGUGGACAAGGCGUACAAACUCCUUCAGGAUCCAGACCAGAAGAAAAGGGCUUUAGAUGUCAUUCAGGCAGGAAGGGAAUAUGUGGAGCAUAAUGUGAAAGAGAAAAAGAAACAGCUAAAAAAGGAAGGGAAAUCUCAAAUAGUGGACGAGGAUGACCCUGAAGUCUUUAGGCAAGCCGUGUACAAGCAGACAAUGAAACUGUUUGCAGAGCUUGCCAUCAAGAGAAAGGAAAGAGAAGCUAAGGAUAUGCACGAAAGGAAAAGGGCGAGAGAGGAAGAAAUUGAAGCAGCAGAGAAAGCAAAGCGAGACAGGGAAUGGCAGAAAAACUUUGAGGAAACAAGAGAUGGCCGUGUGGACAGUUGGAGGACGUUCCAGGCUAAAGGCAAGAGCAAGGAGAAGAAAAACAGGUCCUUCCUCAAGCCCCCUAAAGUAAAGAUGGAGCAGAGGGAAUAA